GGUCAGAAUAUAAUGCCUUCUGGCGAUGUGUGCAAGCGGGAGCCACCUACCUCUUUGUCCAGCUAUGCAAGAUGCUGUUUUUAGCUACAUUCUUUCCAACCUGGGAGGGUGGUGCAGGAGCUUAUGAUUUCGUUGGAGAGUUCAUGAAAGCUACCGUAGACCUGGCUGACUUGGUGGGUCUGCACCUAGUGAUGUCCCGGAACGCGGGAAAAGGGGAAUAUAAGAUCAUGGUCGCUGCACUGGGCUGGGCCACGGCGGAGCUCAUUAUGUCUCGAUGCAUCCCACUGUGGGUGGGAGCUCGUGGCAUUGAGUUUGAUUGGAAAUACAUUCAGAUGAGUAUUGAUUCCAACAUCAGCCUGGUUCAUUACAUCGCCACCGCUGCCCUGGUGUGGAUGUUCACCCGCUACGAUUUACCCAAACAUUACCGACUGCCCCUUACUUUCCUCCUGGGUGUCAGUAUCUACAAAGCCUUCUUUAUGGAGUCAUUUGUGCACGUCUUUCUCCUGGGUAGCUGGACUGCACUUCUGGUGAAAGCGGUGAUCACUGGCCUCCUUUCCUUCAGCUCCUUGGCACUUUUUGUCACCCUGGUACACAGCAACUGAAGCUCCACCAAUUGUUACUCCCACUUGAGUGACCGUGUCUUUGUACAUCCUAAGAUCGCCCAGCUACGGAUUCUGUUUGCGAAGGUGUGCAGGCCUUUGCACUUCCUUCCUGCGCUGAGACCGGUUCCAGUUAUGAUCACUGUGGCAUUCCAAGAAUGAUGCUAAUUUAAAAAGUAUUAUUUAUACUUUGCCCAGUUUGAAU